AAGAGGGGUGUGCUUGGGCGAGCCAUAUAUAACGAUCUCUGCCCACGUGCUGGGAGGGAGACUGACACCACACCACUGAAUCUGACAUCUUGGGGAAUCCACGUAACAGGUCCAGACGUCAUGGCAACUCCAUCCUAUAUAUAUAAGCGAUUCUGACAGAACUGAGGACAAGUUUUGAUACUUAAGAGAGUCGCAUUCGUCAACGUCAACGACUCUUCAACCCCACCGGACCUUUUUAUACACACCAAUUUGAAAAUAACAUAGACAAAGAUUUUUUUAUUAAUUUUUCAAUUUGGUGUAUUUAAAGUCUUUUGGUGAGGAUCUGGUGCUUUCCUAACACUAUGGUUAGUUUGGACUCGAUAACUCUUUUGGGGCUUCUCAUUGUUGCUGUUUUCGGAGUUGAAGCUUUUACAGAAAAUUCUCUUUGGAGCCAAUCGGAAGAUGUGCCAGACACAUAUAGACACAUGUAUGACUCCGAAGACAGUAUUCCAAAAUACAGAGACAAUUCACGUGUAACACAACUGGUGGAAUCACCUGAAGAGGCCUUCCGAAUGAUAGAAGCAAUGAAGCCACGGACACGACGAAGGAUGUCACCAUUUUCUGCAAUGCGGGGGAAAAAGAGCACAAAUGGAGAACUUCAGGAAGAACUUCAGGAAAGGCAUAACACGAAUAAAGGCAUUCGGGGAAAGAGGACGAUACACGAUGAAAGUGACAAUGGUUUUUAUGACCUUCAAAAGAGAGCAGCUUAUUUCAAGGCGAUGAUGUCAUCGCAGCGUGGGAAAAGAAUGGUGCCUCCUCAUCCUAGCCCUGUCUCGGAAUUCGAAUACCAGCUACUGCUGCAGAAGGUGCUAGAGGCUGCGAUGGCUUUGUCAGGAAACAGAGAUGAUGGUGAACAGAAUUCGAUGGACAAGAGGAACUACGGCUUCCAUGCUCUUCGUGGACGUUAGACACAGUCUCAGAAAUGUUCAUAAUUGGAGAGCUCACGUAUCCUGUUUCAUCCCACAUGAUUAACAACAUUCGAUUGAUAAACAUUCCUUAAAAAUUCCCCGUCUUAUAUUUAUAUUAUCACCCGCUGAACCUAACGAGGACAAAUGAUGGGUAUCCAUGUCUAGAACAUUAUCAGUAUAGUUACAAUGGUAUUAUGGACAUAGCUGACGUCAAGCUCUUGCACCGCAGCAAGCAUGUAAUGCAGCCUACAGUAUUCCUUAAACCAUUGGAAAUAACAUGCCAUAUUCGGAUCAUGUUUUUAACAGAAGAGCAUGGCUUCAAAGUGAACUUUCUAUCAUGUCAAUCGGUAAAAACUUCAUCAUAUUUCUUUUGUUUGAAAUAGAGAAUCAGACAUAUUAAAUAUACUUUUCCAUUAAA